CUGGCUUGCCUGCAUCCUCGCCGUUCACCACACCUCACCUCGCAAAAAUGGCCAACACGGGUCUCGGAGUGCCCGUCAAGCUGCUACAUGAGUCUCUGGGACACAUCAUCACGGUUGAGCUGAAGACUGGGCAGCUCUACAGAGGAAAACUCGCUGAGGCCGAGGACAACCUCAAUAUCUCCUUGAAGGAUAUCACGGUCACAGGACGCGAUGGCCGUGUAUCACAACUAGACCAGGUAUACAUCAGGGGAAGUAUGGUCCGAUUCUUCAUCGUGCCGGACAUGUUGCAAAACGCGCCUAUGUUCAAGAGAGUGGGUCCGAACGCGAUGAGGGGGAGAGGUAUCGGUACGGCGCGUGGAAGGGCCACGAUCAUGCGGGCAAAUGCUCGUCGUGGUCGCGGUGUCCCUGCUGCUCGUGGAAUCAGGCGAUGAGGUGGUGUACUCGAUGCUCGGCACGUUUGUCUCGCGCAAAAUUUUGUUCCAUAGCUGUCUCAGUAUGUCUCUUUUGCUUUUCAAUCACAUGUACAAGAUGAGCCAUCGA